AUGGAAAGCACAAAUGGAUUGUUGAAAAGCCCCGCGUUAUGCGCCUCAUUUCACCCUUUUUCCUUCUCCCGAGAUUCUUCAUCUAUUGAAUCCACAGAAGAUUUCCAGUAUGGAGAAUACACAAAUUACCACCAGCGUUGCUCCUCAGAGAGCUUUCUAUUCGACGAACAGCCGCCAUGGCUUGAUGAGCUUUUAAAGGAUCCAGAAAGUCCUUCCCUGAGAGUCCAUCAUAGGCGCUCAGCAAGCGAUUCUUUUGCAUACCUGGAAGAAGCAGCUGAAACAUUUAAUGAGUGUGAGGAAUCCAAAUAUAGAUUUGCAGAUUUUAGGGCCCCAGCAGUAUCAAACAAUUUACUCAAGUAUAAAGAUGCAUGCAACCUUUCCACCGAGAGCAAGGCGACACCAUUUUUUGAGAAAAUUAGCCAGGAGCCAGAAGAAGUAGAUCAUAGCAGAGCUGAAUCUAGUCCACAAAACCUCGAGGGCUCUGCGGAUAAAGAUGCUGGUUCUCAAGCUAGGCCUGCAGGACCAAAGUUGGAUUCGAAACGAAAACAGCAUAAUGCUCACCGGUCAAGGGUAAGGAAACUACAGUACAUAGCUCAUCUUGAAAAGACUGUUGACAUGUUAAAGGUAGAGGGAACUGGAAUUUCUGCUGAACUUGAGUUCCUUGAGCAGCAGAAUAUGAUCUUAACCAUGGAAAACAGGGCAUUGAGACAGCGCCUAGAGAGUGUCUCACAGGAGCAGAUCAUCAAACAAUGGGAGCAAGGUAUGCUAGAGAGAGAAAUUGCAAGGUUGCAAAGCCUGCAUUAUCUACAGAAACAACAGCAAAUGCACAUGCACCAGCAACCAAAACAUCGUAGAAACAAAAGCAGGGAUCUUGAUCAUCAAUCAAACAGCUCUUCUAUGAAGAAUAAUGAUGCCAGUUCUAGCAAAGGUUCAGUCAAUGAUUCUGCUCAGGCAUAGAUAAGAUGUGUCUGCAAUUCUCACUAGCCAAAACCCACAACACAUGCAAGAUUUUUCUCCUGUAUUUUACUUG